AUGGAUCACAUCGCCAAGUUGAAGAGCGAGCUCGAGCAGGCCAAGCAAGCCGACGACAAGGCUCGAGUCUCCCGCCUCGUGCGUAUGAUUGGCAUGGAAGAGCGUAAAGCUCGAAUGAAGGCCUCUCGCGAAGAAGACGCCCAGCGCAAGGCUCGCGAGUCAUUUCUGCCAUCCUCAAAAUCUGACACCCCUCGAUCUCGCGGUCCAGUAGCGGCCAAGUUGCCGCCGAUGGCCUACUUCAACGAUUUCGAGGAUGAGGUGAAGAGAGAGGAAGAGGCACGACAAGCCGCUGAGCGCGUUCGCAAGGAACAAGAGGCGCGGGAAGCUGCAGAGCGCGCUCGACAGGAGGAAGCUCGCCGGAAGGCAGAAGAGCGACGCCAACGAGAGCAAGACCAGCAGCGACAGCGCGAUUCAAAGUUCCGAGACCAAGAGAGGCAGAGAGAGCGUGAGCAGAAGAAGAAGUCAUAUCGCUCCACUCCAGCCAACACUCCAGCGCGAGCAUCGCCACCAGCGCCAGCGGUUACCAUGCCACAGAUCAAGGAUUGGUACGCUUUCGCAGAAACGUGCAACAGAGCGCGUGAGAAGGUGCAGACGUUCCCUGUGCCACCGGGUGGAUGCUGUGGCAGCCUCGCUUGUGUCAGUCGGGCUAAGGACCGCGCAAACAAAGCCUGCGAAUGCAACAUCCGCAGAUGCUUCAGAAAUGCUGGCAUUGCGAACUUCAAGAAGGAAAUGCUCAAGUGGCACCCCGACAAGUGGUCUCGGAGUCCGGAAGCCAAGCGAGACGAUUUCCAGAAGCUGGCCAGGGAGAUCUUUGUUGUGUUGAAGGACAUGUGA